CAAACACACACACCCACACACAGGCGCACUUCAGCCCGGUGGCAGGCAGGGAGGAGGAGGAAGGCGGAUCUGUAAAGUCCACUCUGCAGGACUUCCUCGCUACAGCCGAGCAGACCCUGCAGCGCAAUCAUGGAGGACUCUGCCCCCCGUCGUAGUCGCGCUGCGUUUGCGGGGCUGGUGGGAGUGUCCCAGGUGCUGGGUUUGGCAUCGGUGGUGCUAACCGGUGUGUGGAUGGGUCACUUCCGUGGAGGUUUUGCCUGGAAUGGCUCAAAGCAGGAGUUUAACGUCCACCCUCUGUGCAUGGUGCUGGGCCUGGUCUUUCUGCAUGGAGACGCCAUCCUGGUCUACAGAGUGUUUCACAAUGAGCCGAAGAAGAACGUAAAGCUGCUUCACGGCAUUAUUCACCUGCUCGCUCUCAUCAUGAGUAUUGUAGGUUUUGUGGCUGUGUUUGACUUCCACCGGGCAGCCAAGAUUCCUGACAUGUACUCUCUACACAGCUGGUGCGGUAUGACUACCCUGAUCCUGUUCUGCUUACAGUGGGUGAUGGGUUUGAUGUUCUUCCUGUUUCCUGUUGCGUCGGCAUGGUUACGAGCCUCAUACUUGCCUGUCCACGUGUUCUGUGGCCUGGCUCUGCUGGUAAUGUCCGUAGGGACCAGCCUGCUGGGCAUCACGGAGACGCUCCUCUUCAACAUCAUGCCGACCUACUCUAAGUUCACCCCAGAGGGAGUGCUGGCCAACGUCUUGGGUAUCCUGUUGGUGUGCUUUGGAUUGGUGCUGGGACACCUGAUGACGAGGGAGGAGUACAGACGCCCACCAAACCCAGAGGAAGAAGCUCUGUCCGUCCAUUUCAAGACACUGACUGACGGGGGAUCACCAACCACGCCUUAAUCUCACUCUGAAGCCUGACGCCUCUCUGUGAUCUACAUCUACAGAGCCAACAGACUACCUGUGCUACCAGUCUCUGUUAGUACCUGCAUACCUGUCAGAAAAUGAGUUCAGCUUUAGGUUCAGUGAAGUAAGAACAGAAAUCUUUAAUAACUGUCUUUCUCAUGUUAUUAAACCAACCAGCUCUGUCAGCUUUGUCAUGAAAAACAUUUAUACAUAGUUACAAAUGUACUGUUUCACUACACAUUGUGAUAUGGAGCGUCAUGUUUGUGUAGUUGAAGGGCGCAGUUUAUAUUUUAUUGUUUCCUGUUGUGCAGUGUUGAUGGUUAGGUUGUGAUUCUCGUUUUGCUUAAAUGUGUCUUCACUUCACUUGUGUUUUAUCAUUGUGUCUUAACUAUAUUGAAGAUGUAGCAUCAGCCGACCCGAGUAGGUGCAGUGUUCUCCUCUCCCGUCUUUUCCUCCACAGCUCUGCUCUGUGUGUCGGCUUUGUGAGGACACUUAUUGACAUUAAUGCACUCCCAGCGUCUCACCCCCAAUUUUAACCAUAUUAACUACAGUAAAUCUCACACCUAACAUAACCCUAAAACCAGGUCUUAACCCUCAGACAGACAGCGGUGUGAGAAGAUUCAAGUUGUACCUUCCACAAAAGUAUUAUUUGUUUCUGUUUUUUGGUUUCCUGUGAGAAAUAACUAAAGUCAUGAUGUGCGGAUGGGUGGUUCACGUAAUAUUUGGAAAGCUGGAAUUCAGAAUCUGUCCGUUUCAAUAUCAAGUAUUUCUCCUGACUUUUUUAUCCUGAUCAAUAAGAUGGCACCACCACAACCACCAUCACCUUUUCUGUCCUCUUACCAGUCACAGCAGAUGGCUGCCAUGGGCGUUAUUUGGUGAUUGCGCUGAUGCUAUCCUUUUUAGUAAAUCUGGCACCUUAUCAGUGGAAUUAAA